AUUUUCGUCAAGCACCUGUUUACAAAAAAUAUUCCGAUGUGAAAUCUGCUUAAAAGCGAUUUUUCUAUCAACAAUACCCACCAUAUUUGAAGUUCUCUUCGAGGAUGAAGCUCUUUUUAGCAAUUUGCCUCCUGGCAGCGGUCCCAGCUUCAUACCAGACGACCGACUAUUGCGAUUCUUCGCUGUGUCGCUCCGGUAUUACCCAUGUAGCCUGCGAUGCCGAUCCGGAUUUCGCCAAUCCUACCGGAAAAACUAUCCCACUCGAUAGUGCCAGGAAAGCGACAAUCGUCAAACUGCACAACCUGCUGCGUGACAAAAUUGCCUCCGGAAAGCAGGAUUAUCCGGGAGGUUUCUAUCCAGCGGCCGCUCGCAUGACAACCAUGCAAUGGGACGACGAACUGGCAUAUGUGGCUGCUGCCAAUGCAAGAAAGUGUGUUUUUGCUCACGAUAAGUGCCGCAAUACCCCGAAAUAUCCGGCCUCUGGUCAGAAUCUGGGCCUAUGGGGAUUCACACGUGGCAAGCCAAACUACGACAAAAUAAUCGAUACACUGGUGAAUCUUUGGUACAAAGAGUAUAAGGAUGCCAACCCUGACUACAUUCAAGAGUAUCCUCAAGGUUACCGAGGACCUGCCAUCGGUCACUUUACGGCUUUUGUCCAGGAUCGUAGCGACAGAGUUGGAUGCGCACUGGUUCAGUGGGUUGACAAGCCCAAGACAAAGAUUUAUCUGGUGUGCAACUACGCCAGGACCAAUGUUAUAGGCCAGACCGUGUACGUUGCAGGAGAUGUUGCGUCGCAGUGUACAACUGGUACCAACCCUGACUAUCCAGCGCUGUGCAGCCCCAGUGAGACUGUAGACUAUUCCCUGUGAAUCUUUUGAAUUGGUUUGUUGAUGUAUCUUCUGAUUAAAAGACUAGAGUAGAGUUUUGGAACA